CCCCUUUCUUUUUUUCUUUUAAACUUUUUUUUUCUCCCUCUUCUUUUGUAUAUACCGAAUUUUACUUACUUGUGUACUUUUUCCUUGUUAAAAAAAAAGUCAUCUUAUCUUUUACUUGUAUACAUAUAUAAAUAGUUCGACAUGGCUGAUAAAACAAAAGUUUCAAUGGAAAACGAAAAGUCAAUCCAAGAAGAAGAAAAGCUCACUACUACAGAAAUAACUGAAAAACCUUCAUCCAUCGACACUCAACAACAACUUACUAAUGAUAAUAAUAAUAAUAAUAAAGUAUCAUCAACUGAAACUAUUGAUAAUGUAGACAAGUCUAAUUCGCCUCCUCAGUCUCCUCAAAACUCAGUAUCAGCAUCCUUGGAAAAACAACCAUCUAGCGACAAAACAAACGGCUCUGUAGAAAAACAAAACGAAAAUACAUCACCAACUACCACUGAACCUCCUGCACCAGCACCAGUUCAUCCUUUGGUUGCACAACUUCGAUCACAACUUUAUCAACGACGACAUGUUUUGGAUAAUUUAGAAGUGGAACGAUCACAGUACAAAAUUGACUCACAAAGUAUGCAAGAACGACUGGAACAAAUGAAAGUCAAAAUUCAACAACGAUCAGAAGCGCAACAACAACUAGAGACAAACUACCGUGAACAUUUGCAAUCGAUGAGAGCAACUAUGGAUGAUUUGGACUCUAUCAGUAGUAAGCUCAAACAACUCAAGAAAUUAAUUCGAGAACUGGCAGAUGAAUUAUUGGAACAGGCGGAUCCAGUGACAGCAACAAGAGCACUACGUACUUUCUGGCUCAAUCUACAUGACUGUAUUGAAUCCAUGGGUAGUCCUCUUCCUUUACAUCGCAUGCGUAUGUUGACAGAAAAAUUCAUGAUGGAUGUUCUUGUACAAAACAUGAAUUUGAAUGUAUUUCCUGGAUUGACUUCUCUUUCAGAUGAUUACAAUGAUAUGGCCUUUUGGUUUGAAAAGUAUGAUCCUGCUUUCUCAACACGAUUGCGACAAGAAAUAGCAUUAGUGAUGGUCAAGAAGAACAAGACUAGUGGAAACGAGAUUCAUAAACGAUUGCACGAAGCUGUUCAGGCCAAUUGGAAAUUCUUGUAUGGCGGAUUGAUCAAAGCAUACCCAUUUGUAUAUCAACAUGAUAAACAUGAACCUGAUACAAGGAAACAUUAUGGUGCUAAAGUUCAAGUCCUGGUCGAACAUUCUAUGGCACUUGGUUUUGCAAUGAAAGGACAAGAAGUGGAUGUGGCUGCUGCAGAAACAAGAGAAAGGGUACAACUAUUUGAUGAAGCAUUGAUGGUGGAUGAAGAUGGUCAAACCUCAGGUGUUGUUGAUUUUUGUGUAUGUCCUCCAUUUGUGGUUUAUGGAUCCAAGGUGUAUACUUUAGAAAAAGGUCGUGUCCUUUGCUCUCCUUCAACUGAUAAUACAAAAGAUAUCAAGGAACAAUAUAACAAAGUCGAUUCUCCUGUUACUCCUAUCACUACUUGAAUUUUUUUUUUAUAUAUAUACAUUUUAGUUUAGUUUAGUUUAUUAUUUACUUCAUAUCUUCAAUAAAACAGUACUGGUUAUGCUAAAUUAUUA